UUCGGUGCCGUCGGCCUUCGGAGCCAUUCAGAGAUUCGCAGGAAAAUGCGCGGGAAAAGCUCCGCACGCAGGCCGGGGGUGUUGAGCUUUUGGGCGAGAUGGUGAGACCAGAGACUUCCCCGGUACGGUUUAUUUGCUUAUAAAUCAGAAAAUCUACUACAAACGACGUCGUUUUCGGUCACAGAGUAUUCAUUGUUGCUGGAGGAACCACGUAAGACAAAAUCAGCCCUGAAUAUUGGUGAUUAUUUCCCGGUGCUACCUCCUUCGCCGGGAAACCAAAUGAUGGCUGCGACGGUGAUAGCAUCUGGCCAGCGACCCUUUUCCUUUCCUGCAAGACCCAAAUUCUUAAAUUCGAUAAGCCCUUCACCCUCUCGACACCACCAACCGUAUAAAGAUGGCAGAACUUGGUCUUCAAUCCCGUUAUCCCUCUCCACUCAAACUUCAGUUGAUUUGCGAACCAUUGCAUGCCACGCGGCUCGCCGGAAGCCCAACACCGCCAGCACCAUCCCUAGCUCUUCCGUAGAGGGCGAAGAUACCAUCCGGCGAGUGCUACAAGUUGCUCUAUGGACCGCCGAGGCCGUUUACAUCUUAUGGCUCUUUCUGCUCCCUUACGCUCCUGGAGAUCCUGUGUGGGCAAUCAGUUCAGAUACAGUGAAUUCUCUUGUGGGUCUUUCUCUAAAUUUCUUCUUUAUCUUGCCGUUCAUGAAUGUUGUUGGUAUUCAUCUGCUGGAAGCCCCAGUUCUGCACCCGGUGUCUGAAGGAUUAUUCAACUUUGUGAUUGGGUGGACACUCAUGUUUGCUCCUUUGUUAUACACUGAUUGCAAGAGAGACAGAUACAAGUGGUCUCUAGACGUUUUAUGGGGUCUGCAAAUGUUCCUCACAAACACAUUCUUAAUUCCCUAUAUGGCUAUCCGGCUGAAUGAGGCUGAUACAGACAGUCCAACAAAACGCUCUCAGCUUGGAACCGUGAUGGUAAAUGGUGCACCCAUAGUAGGAUUGAUCGGUGGGGCUGUGUGCCUGAUUUCCGCACUUUGGGCGCUCUUUGGCCGAAUGGAUGGUGAUUUUGGUAGCAUAGCAGAUAGAUGGCAGUACCUGCUAAGUUACUUGGGAUCUGAAAGGCUGGCUUAUGCCUUCAUUUGGGAUAUAUGUCUUUACACAGUUUUCCAACCUUGGUUGAUUGGUGACAACCUACAAAUCAUCCAGAAAAGCAAGGUAGAUAUAGUGAAUUAUCUUCGAUUUAUCCCUGCUGUUGGCUUAAUUGCCUAUCUUCUUUCUUUGGAGCCCAAAGAAGAGUAGCUAAAAUGCAUUUCCACAUAAGUUAUAGGUAGAUACUAAAACAAAUGAAUAUCUCAGUAUAUGGAAAAGAAAAUAUUCCAUCCCUGAUCUCUGUAAUAGAUAGCUAAUUGAUUUGUAUGACUUUUCACAUUGAUUAAGUUCUUGACAAAUGAAAAAGAUGUGUAAUU